AUGAGCGAAAUAUUGAACGAGGUCUUGGGGACUUUAAAAUUGUCAAACACAUGCAGCCUGUCUGUGGGAGAGUUCUCAAUUCAGCUGGUUUCUAAGACCACAAAGCUUACAGCCAUAACUGUGUGCGACUGCAGCGCAACAGGGUCUGCAGUCCCAAGAGUGUACUCAACUGAAAUAUUAAUGGCUGCUAUUUCUGACUCUUGCUCCAUCGAAGAAGUAGAGGGCUCUCUUAAGUUCACGCAUGACACAGACAAGUACACCCUUGUGAAUACAAUACAGCCUCUUUUGUUAGACUUUUUUACGUACGAAAUUCCAGACGAAUGGAACACAAAGGUCAUUGUGGAGACAGAGGUUUUUAAAAGGUUUGUUAAUUUGCAGGCAGACAUAGAAACAUCUAUCUACCUGUCAAACGGCAUUCUGUACUUUUGUGCUGAAAACUCGAGCAGCACAGAUGUGGUGCAGAUCAGCGCUCUCGAUAUUCUCCUGGAAGGAACGGAUAAAGUAACCGUUUAUUUCUCAUCCCUGAGAUACUUGAACAAUCUACUGGGCCUCUGCGAAAAGGUCUCUAUCAUGUACACAAAAGAAUACUUUUCCGUGGUUUUGAUGUUUAAAGAUGACGUAGCCCAUCAUAGAGUCAUAUUCAACGGGAUUGCAUAG